CAGACUAAUUCCGAUUAAAAGGGGAACUUGCGCACAGAGCUCCGUGCGUCCUCUUGCCCAAAAUAACGCCAAGACUGUUUAAUAUGGAGAAAAUCACACUUAAAUGUGGCAGUAAGUCUGUAGUAGAGGGUUGUGUUUUCUGUAACGACAAUGACUAUUCACGGUGGAGAACUAAGGAAGAAGAAGUAAAUAAAAAUGCCAAUAUAGUGAGCAAUAGGGUACCCUGGCACGAAAAGGGGCUUGAAGAAAUUCCAAGAUGUUGCGUUAUCACAGCGUGUUUCCUGAGGAUGUAAAGAAGGCACAGUUUAUUACCUUGCAAAAUGUCACUUGUAAAAGUUAACAGUCGACCCAUUAGUAAUAAUAAGAGGCCGUGUCACUAUCUUACGUGACCAGUGCUCACAAGAGGUCAUUUACACAUGGAAAGCAUCAGGGCGAAUUGUAGCACAGACUCUAAAUUAGGUAUUCAUCCACCUAUUUAAAAAAAAUAUAUUAAAUGCACUGUCUGGUAAGGCACUGGAAAUGCAUGGGAAGCAUAACUGGCUUAACAAUCAAUUCAGCAAAGGGGAUCCAUGACAUUGGACCGGAACGUCAUGAACGACACUUAGUCGGCGUGUUACAUCCCUUCUUCAAGUCUUUAAAGAUGCCGUUCCUACAAAUCAGGAUAUUUACUCGAUACACGCUGAUCACAACACGCUAAAUAUUCUGAACAUGUAAACGGUUACCCGAAAACGACAAUGUGGAUCCAUAUUUGCAGUCUCAGCGACAGUCUCCCCCAUCUGGAUAAAAAAGGAAUGACAAUCCUGCUCAAAAUUCUGGAUGCACCACAUGAAUGCAUAAGGAUUUGAUCCGAGCACGAACACGCUAAGGAACAGAAAAGAAAGCCGAUCGCAAAAUGGGUUUGAAGGUGGAUUGCAGCAAACUCAGGUGUGACCACAUGGAGAGGCCCAUCGCACCAAGGGGGUCACAAACCCAUGCCAUUACCCCCAUUUAUUCCAAUAAUGGCCCAUUACAUGUCACCCAUUGAAAAUGUGUCUAUUUGUGGUCUGUGAGAAAUAAAGACAAUAAUUAACUGUGAGACGUGGCACUGCAUACAGUACUUUUACUGUACUUGGGUUGAGCAGUGUUCCCUGCACCCAGUGAGUCUUCAACCACUAGAUGGCAGCAAAGGCAAGAGCCAAACAGGAGGCCAAGCAAUUGUCUUUCUGGUGUUACGUCCUGCUAGAAUCACUUUGCUUCUCAUGCAUUUUUUGAUGAAUCAUAUAGAAACAGAGCUUUCAUAUCUUUGGACAGCCUGUUUAUUUGGACAAUGGAGACACUGAUAUCAUAUUACCAGAGUAGCUGCUCACAUCCUGGAGGAUUGCAGAUGGUGUGUGAAGGACAGAUUGGCUGGUCUAUGGAAGCCAAUCUCUUCGUUGUUUAAGGGGAGCAGAGAAGAUGUUGACUACCAAAAAAGGCCAGGGUGGAUCUGAUUUACAAUGUGACAUGGCAAUGCGAUUUGACAUGGUAUUGACACCAAGAAGUCUGACUGAAAGGUUUGUCAUAUGAUUGGUUCCACAUGAUUAACUGAGAGAGUCCAGCAUUCAGGCAAGAGAGAAUGCUAUCUUCAGAAAUGGUUCAUGUGUUGAGACCAACCUUAUAUGGACUGAUCAGUCCGGUAAUGGCUUAUUUCCCCCUAACACCCAGCCGUGGUGCGAGUUCCAUGAAGCAGAGGUAGCUCUUCACUCUUUGUGGCGCUCUUCCUGGACUUACAGAACUGAUUCCUCCGCUACUUUUUCAGGCAAUGCUUAUCGACCGAGCCCCAUGAAUCGCCUUCACUGUGCUUCGUGCUGAUUCUCUGCAUUGAUUCACCAAACCUCGCUUGUGCAUUUGUGAUUCUUUCCCUUUAAACAGCGGAUUGCCAAAGUGGUGCAGCAACUUUCCGGCAUUAACUGCAUCCGCCGUCCCAGAACAUGUCGUUGACCAACACAAAGACGGGUUUUUCGGUGAAGGACAUUUUGGACCUCCCUGACACAAACGAUGAGGAAGGAUCUAUCACUGGCACUGAGGAAGAUACGGAGGGCUCGGAGUCGACUAAAACACCUGGAGUGCUAGUGCAAACCCCUAUAGAGAAUGUCCAAAACCUACCUUUAAAGAACCCUUUUUACGAUAAUACUGACAAUCCAUACACCAGGUGGCUUGCAACUACCGACACCAUUCAAUACUCGUUGCAUGGUCUGUCUGCAACCUCUCAGGACUCGUCCGCUAAAUCUCCCGAGCCGUCUGCAGACGAGUCACCCGACAACGACAAGGAAACUUCGAGCAGCGGCAGUGACUCCGGUAAGAAGCGCAAGCGGCGAGUGCUGUUCUCCAAAGCGCAGACGUACGAGCUGGAACGUCGAUUCCGACAGCAGCGCUACCUCUCAGCCCCCGAGAGGGAGCACCUGGCCAGCCUGAUCCGUCUCACCCCCACUCAAGUGAAGAUCUGGUUUCAGAACCAUCGAUACAAAAUGAAGCGAGCCCGCGCGGAGAAAGGUAUGGAAGUCAGCCACCUUCCUUCCCCGCGGCGUGUGGCAGUGCCCGUGUUAGUAAGGGACGGCAAACCAUGCCACGCGCUUAAAACUCAGGACUUGGCGUCCACGUUUCAGGCGGGCAUCCCGUUCUCUGCCUACAGCGCUCAGUCUCUGCAGCACAUGCAGUAUAAUGCGCAUUACAGCGCCGCCGCCACGCCGCACUUCCCCACGGCGCACUUGGUGCAAACGCAACAAUGGACCUGGUGAAGCCGUAGUGACUUUUUUUUGAUAGGGCUGCGUUUCAAAGACCUCGUUUGAGAGUUUUUUAUUUUCCAACGAAAAUAAAGAAAAGACUGGUUUUCGCAGCUCAACCCAUUCUCGCCGUUUCAUUUUGGGGGCUGAUGUGUGCGCCGUGUUUACAUUUGUUUUCGUUCAGAAAACCGGGUCCAGCCCUUUCUCCCAGAUCCGAGAAUGUUGAAGCUCUUGUGAAAUUUUGUAAAAUAUUAUUGUGUGUUGUAGAAAUGUUUUUCUUUUGUCCUUCGUGUUAUAAGCACGUACAAGACCACUUUAUAAUUAUAGAAAAUUUUAUUUCUAGCUUUUACGAUGGACCGAAUAUAUUUAUGGCCAUGAAUAAAACAGUGGCAACUUUUAGCUUAUUUUUAUUUGGUUACUUUUCUUUGUAAAUAUCUGUGGUAAGUGUAUGCAAUGCAGAUAUAUUUGGGCGCUCACUUAGUUAUGAAGACAUAGAUUAUAUUCCCUGGAUGGUGGGGAAAAUGGAUCAACAUUUAUCGAUAAAUAUCUCUAUAAAAUGUUGACAGCCGUUGCAAAGAGCGUUGAUGAAAAAUAGGCUACCCCGUUUUUUUUUAUAAGACUUUUAAUAAAAUCCUGUGUUUCAGAAA